AUGCGCCCAAAUGCCAUUACAGUUUUUCUAGGACUAGCGAUUUUGGAGGUAGCUGGAUGUCAUCCCAUUUUGGUUGGUACUUUUAUUCUCUUCCUUUGUUUAAAUGUGUUACAAACAGAGAAGCGGAACACAAAUGCAAUCCUUAAUGGAGACGGCGCACUUGCGAUUGUAUCUGACGCUUUCAGCGAUAACAUCUUAACUGCGGCUGGUCCGCUUGGUAUAGCUGUGCGUGUUGGUUCAUCUGUCCGUAAGAGAUCCGCGCCACUGCCUGAUGCCAACAAGAGGGGGAGAAAUUUGGAAUAA